GGAGACUCACGUAAUCACUCUUGAAAACAAUGUGCAAGGGUAAACUUUGGCAGUCAAGCCAUCCUGCUAAUGCCCUUCACUGCUCACAGGAUCCAAGAAGCUACAGAUAUGUCUACUGAGCUUCCUGUGACCACAGCGCUUACAGAGAUGGACGCUUUCACAGCUUCUCAUAUGAACAUUUCCACCUGCGACUUGUACGAGCACAAGGACACAGCACGGAUACUCCUCAGCGUCUUCUACAGCUCCAUCUUAAUUCUUGGGGUGCUCGGCAACACCAUUGCCCUCACUGUCAUUUUUAAAAACAGAAAGAAGAUCAACUCCACCACCCUCUACUCAACAAACCUCGUCCUCUCCGACCUCCUCUUCUGCCUCGCCCUGCCCACCAGGAUCGCCUACUACGCCCUGGGGUUUCACUGGCCCUUUGGGGAGGCGCUGUGCCGAAUAACCGCGCUCCUGUUCUACAUCAACACCUACGCGGGUGUCAACUUCAUGACGUGCUUGAGCAUCGACAGGUUUUUCGCUGUCGUCCACCCCUUCCGAUACAAGAUCCGAAGGAUUAAAUACGCCAAGGGCAUCUGUGUCUUUAUUUGGUUUCUUGUAUUUAGUCAGACUUUCCCGUUACUUAUACAACCCAUGUCACAGGAAGAAAUAGACAGGACUACAUGCAUGGAAUAUCCAAACUUUGAAAAAAUAGCACAUCUACCAUUUAUACUCCUUGCUGCCUGUUUAGUAGGGUACCUUAUUCCCCUGGGGAUUAUAUUAUUUUGCUACUCUCAGAUCAGCUGCAAACUUUUUCAGACGGCCAAGGAAAACCCACUGACUGAAAAAUCGGGGAUAAACAAAAAAGCCAUCAAUACAAUCAUAUUUGUAAUUAUAGUGUUCAUCAUCUGCUUCACCCCUUAUCACGUUGCAAUAAUAAAACACAUGAUUAAGAAGCUUCAGAGUGAGCCCUCGUGUGCUGAAAAUAAAGUUUUCCAGAAGUCACUCCAUUAUACUGUAUUUCUGAUGAAUUUUAACUGCUGCCUGGAUCCCUUCAUCUAUUUCUUUGCAUGCAAAGGAUACAAGAGAACUGUAAUGAAAAUACUGAGACGGCAAGUGAGCGUAUCAAUCUCAAGCGCUGCCAGGUCACAUCAUGAAGAAAGCUCACGCGAGGUGGGAGAAACGCAAAUGUCAAUACUUGCAAAAUCUCCCAAUGGAAAGCUACCUGAAAAAUAA